AUGGCAACAGACAUAGCUAAGAUGCUGAGCCAAGCAAAUAGGAUGUCCCCAAAGCUCUUUGUUGUGUUUUACCGGCCGCGCUACGGGAAUUUCCUACACUGGGCCUUGCAUAUCGAGAAGGGCCAAGAGCAUCACAUUCUUGAAGUUGAUGGCGAGCAUCCGCAAUUUAAACGCAACACGUUUAUGGAAAACCCAAAGGAAUCAAGAACUUUCCUACGUCAGUUCUUCAUUGCUGUGCUUGGAGAGAAUGAUGUUGAAAGAGUGAAGAGCACUGCACAAAGCGUGCCUGUGGACAAUGAGACUGUUGAGUGGGAUUGUCAGGAUUAUGUGAUGGAGAUCCUUGAUAAACUACAAGAAGAUUUUAUUUUGGACAAGGAUGAUGAGGAUUAUAUCGAUGUGAGGGAGAUACUAAUGGAAGAGAGAGGAGGAUCGGUUUAG